GCGUUAAAAAAAAGAAUGCAAAAAUUUGAUCUUUCCCCCUUUUUUCUGUGUUUAUUAUUUGGGGGUUUCUUAUCUUCAUUCUGCUUUUCUUUUCUAUUUUUAUGUUUUUCCAAAACAUAGGUUGAUUCAAUUGAAUUGUGACAUUUUCAAGCUCGUCUUAACAUGGAGGCGACAAGAAUUCCCAUUUGGUUGCUACAAAACUUGACCAACAUGAAUCAAAAAAGGAAAACCUAAUUUCUGAGUUUGAAUAAAACCAUCUACAACUUCUAAUUUCCCACUAAGCAUAAAUGGAAAGCAUUUGGAGUUGAGACGUAAAUAUUGGAGCAUGAAUAAUAUCACAAUCAUUGGUUCCGUGUUCUUCACAAACUUGUCAAUUCCUCAUUCCAGAACACAUGAUAUAAAUAGACCUCGAAUAUCAUUGCACAAAAACAAGUCUUUUUCGUGAAAAUGUUAUCCUUUUCAUGCCAACUUGUGGCUCAGGAUUCCCCCUUUUCGGCCAACUUAUGCCGAUUAAUGAUGAAAAGGGUGGAAUUUUUUUAACAAAAUUGUGCUUUUUUUAAGGAAUUUUGGUUUGUGGAUGAAAAUAUCUUUGUUUCCUUGGAAAAAAGGUUGAUCUAACUGUUUCUUGUUUUUUCAUCUGCUAAAUUGUUUUGUAGGAUGUAAUUGAUGCUUAUAGAAUUCGAAUCUUGGCCAGGUUAUUACAAAAGUAUUUGUUGAACACUUUUAAUCUUAGUUUAUAUUCUAAUUAGUAGUAGGUGACAACUUGUAGUGGUCAAGUCACUGUUGUUCCGUCGUUGCUUGAUUCCUUCAUGUAAGCGCAGCUCUAUUGGUCACUUCUCCUCCAACUAAUAGGUUGGUGUCGGAGUCGCCAUGGCCACGAGGGGCACACCAAACAGCUAUGAUCAGGCGUUUGCUGUCUCUGAUGACAACAUCUGGGGUGAAGGAGAUCUGUUCAACACCCCUCAACCAGUUAUCGAGGAGCCUGUCAUUGGCCUUGAUCCGAUGACAGUUGCCAUAUCAAUGAUCUCUUGUGGAGAAGAUGUCAUCUCCCCUCAGUCAUUGAGUGUGUCGGACGUUGAGUCGUCGAUUGAGAGUGGGCAGCUCCUCAGCGAGGUCUUCUAUGAGUGCAGGAAGGAUAUUUUGGCAAAGGAAGGGAACGAAACUCCGCUCUCUGAAGUCCUCAGCAUCAACAUCCCUACUGUCAAGAGUACUACUGAUGAGAAGAUGUUGAUAGAUGAGAAGUCGUCUGUCGAAUGUUCAUUUCAGAAGAGUGUUAGCUCCAGUUGUCUGAGAUCGAUGGACAACGACGUCCAUGAGACUCCCCUGAGGCCCAGCUUUCUUGAUUUCGCAGUCGAUGACUUUGAAGCUGCUUAUGGGAUGCGACGAGCAUACAGUGAAGGAGACAUAAAGGCUCUUUGUAAUGGUAGCAUAAACCACAUCGAAUGGCCAAUGGGGCAAGUGCGAGUGAUGAGCAGUUGCAUUUCUGAGGUUCGAAGGGAGAAGCUAUCAAGAUACUGGAGUAAGAAGUCCAAGAGAAAUUUUGGCAGAAAAAUCAAGUACGCUUGCAGGAAAGCUCUGGCGGAUAGCCAGCCGAGAGUUCGAGGAAGAUUUGCAAAGAGUGAAGAAACAGAAGCUGGGAAGAAGCUAUGAAGCAUAGGAGAGAGUGAAUGGUUGUUAGAGUUUAUGUAGUGGAGAAGCAAAGAAGAUGAUUGUAGUGGUGGUGGUGGUGUUUAAGGAAUACUAAUAAGCUUAGUUUGUUUGUUCGGGGUAGCAGCUCAGCUAAGACAAUAAUUAGCCUUUGUAGAUUAAAUCAAAUGUUCAUUUAGAUUAUUAUGUACUCAUCAUGUACUGUUUAAUAAUUCCAUAAACCCUAUAAAUAACGUCUUUUGUUUCUCA